UCGAAUCGAAACACACGUUUCUCUUGUUUCGCCCGUCGGUCGAUCAAUCCGAAGUAACCAAAUUGAUUGCAAAUCACUCCGUCGUUGUCGCAGUGUCUCGCAAUUUUCAAUUCAGUUUUCGAUACAGUGUGGACAGUUUAUUCCUCCAGUUUGUACUAUUUCGUAGUGAACAUAUCACGGAGCGUGCCACGGGUCAGUGUCGCGAGUGACCAUCAUCGUAAUCGUGAACAUUUUGGUGCCGAAACCCGGGACAGUGAGUUGCAAAUUUGUGCCAUUGCACUAGUGUCGCGUCGUGGAAGGUUCCAGAUAACCGCCAUCGCGAUUCAGACCGCGUUCAGAACACGUGUUCCAACGCAGUGCAGUGAAGUGAAUUGUUCCCGUGGAAGAUCUGUGGCCAAGCCAAGAUCAUUCAUCGCUCCCGUCGGCUCCAGCAGCAUCGGAGGAUAGCAGCGCAACGUUGCACCGUGUACCCUUCCCAGCCACAGCAGUCAGCAGAAUUAAAUCGGUCAGGUAGAGUUUACCACCGAUCCCAGGUACGUGCCCUUUCUGGUGGUGGUGAUCUAUUUAAUUAUGCCGGUGAAGAAGGCAAGCAAGGCCAGCUUAGCUACAAAGCUGAAGCUUUUACAUCGUCGUCGCUCGAACAUUUUGGGCUCGGCGAUGAUGGUGAAUGAGUUCAACCGAACGUAUGAGCCCGCUCGUCAAAACCAAUUAGCCACUCAAAUUGCGCUUUUGGAUGAGUUGUGGCGUGAUUUUCUCUCCACCCAGGAGGAAAUCGAAAUUUUGGAGGACAGUGAGGAACAUUUUUCCGAAGAGAGGCGAGAUUUUCAACUGUUGUACCUCGAUCUGAAGGGGUCGUUGCAGAGCAAGCUUCCCGCUGUCCCUCCGGCCCCACCCGCACAGCCUCGCGCACCGUCUUCGGUUUGCGCCCUACCGGCCCAGCCAAUAACCAACGUUCGGCUGCCGGAGAUUAAAAUUCCAAAUUUUGGAGGCAAGAUUGACGAUUGGGUACCAUUUCGCGAUCUUUUCGUCUCGUUGAUUCAUUCCAAUCAACAGUUGACGGCAGUGCAAAAGAUGCACUAUUUGCGAGCAUCGUUGACGGACGAAGCAGCUCGUAUUGUAUCCACACUUGAGAUUUCCGCCGAUGAUUAUCAAGUUUCGUGGAACCUUUUGAAGGAUCGCUUUGAGAAUCCAAACUUGCUCAUCAAGCGACACAUGUCGGCAUUAUUGGCGAUCAGUCCCAUAAAGAAGGAGUCUGCUUCAGGACUGUCGGAGCUGGCCGACAGCUUCGAUCGCCAUGUGCAGUUGCUGAACAAGCUUGAAACAGUGGAGGAACACUGGAACUCGUUCCUCGUUGAGCGAUUGAGCAGUUGCCUGGACCAUGGCUCAUUGCGGGAGUGGGAAACCCAUUUAGACGAUGGCCAGAGACCCACAUACAAGCAACUUGUCGACUUUAUUCAUAAAAGAUCGCGAAUAAUCACUACAUUAAUGCUCUCCCACACUACCAGUACCCAAUCCGAAUCUAAACCGUCAAAACCACGCCUCACAGCCCACGUCGCUUCUGAGAACGUGAAGAAGUGCCCUCACUGUAAGCAAGCCCAUCUCCUGUUUCAGUGCAGCGGUUUCCAAUCUCUCGUUCCACAACAACGUUUCGAAUUCGUCAAGAAGCACGGGCUCUGCAUAAACUGCUUGAAGGGUGCACACCUGGCGAAGGAUUGCUCCAGCGGUUCCUGCAAGCAGUGCUCCAAGAAACAUCAUUCACUGCUGCACCUCCCGCCGAUUUCGUCUGCUUCGGUUCCUGGUGCACCAGCAGCAGCUCCCAACCAAUCUGUACCAGUUGCAAUUGGUCAAUCCGCUGAAGCAAUCGGUUCGCGUUCGUACCAAGUAUCGCCACGCGACGCUAACGCCGCCGUACGUCCACCGUCGGCAAUUUCCGGUGCAUCACCACUCGCGAGCUCGUCGUUCCGUACAUUUCCGCAAUCGUAUUCGGUCGGUAUUCCCCCCACCACUCCGUCGGUCGAUUCUCUCGUCGAAACAAAUUCGCCUCCCUCCACCUCCUGUGCUGAAGUGACUCAACAUUCUCGUCAGAAUACGGUCGUGCUAUCGACAGCCGUUAUUAAAGUGAAAGAUGCCGCCAAUAACGACCAUUUCGCUAGGGCGCUCUUGGACAGUGGCUCCCAACCCAGCUUCAUCAGCGAAUCACUCUGUCAGAAGCUCCGUCUGAAGCGUUUCAAGAUCAACUCGCCUGUCAGUGGGAUAGGCCAAUCCACCGUGAACGUCCACUUCGGUGUAACGCUUUCGCUCGCUUCACGCUUCGGAGAUCAUCGCUUUACUCUGGACUGCCUGGUACUUCCAAAGCUAACGGUGUCGCUACCCAGCCACCACAUCAACGUCUCUCGUUGGCAAAUUCCUCGCAAUCUUCCGAUGGCGGAUCCCCAGUUUAACAUCAGCCAGACAUCAUUAUCGGAGCUGAACUGUUCUUCUCGUUGCUAGAACAUCAGCAAA